AUGUCCGAAACCGAAGACGUCAAGCGUCCGCGCACCGAGAGCGGCACGGGCUGCCGCAAUUGUGGUAAAGAGGGUCACUACGCCCGCGAGUGCCCCGAGGCUGAUGCCAAGGGUGACGAGCGCAGCACGACGUGUUUCCGCUGCGGCGAGGCGGGCCACAUGAGCCGCGAGUGCCCGAACGAAGCCAAGUCUGGUGCGGCUGGAGCCAUGGCGUGCUUCCGCUGCGGCGAGGCGGGUCAUAUGAGCCGCGACUGUCCCAACUCCGCAAAGCCGGGUGCGGCCAAGGGCUUCGAGUGCUACAAGUGCGGCCAGGAGGGUCACCUCAGCCGUGACUGCCCUAGCAGCCAAGGCGGAGGCCGCGGCGGGUACGGCCAGAAGCGCGGCCGCAACGGCGCUCAGGGCGGCUAUGGUGGCGAUCGCACGUGCUACAAGUGCGGCGACGCUGGCCACAUCAGCCGUGACUGCCCCAACAGCCAGGGCGGGUACAGCGGCGCGGGCGACCGCACGUGCUACAAGUGUGGCGAGUCGGGCCACAUCAGCCGUGACUGCCCCAACAGCCAGGGCGGGUACAGCGGCGCGGGCGACCGCACGUGCUACAAGUGCGGCAAGCCAGGCCACAUGAGCCGCGAGUGCCCGGAGGCCGGUGGCAGCUAUGGCGGCUCUCGCGGCGGUGGCGACCGCACGUGCUACAAGUGCGGCAAGCCAGGCCACAUGAGCCGCGAGUGCCCGGAGGCCGGUGGCAGCUAUGGCGGCUCUCGCGGCGGUGGUGACCGCACGUGCUACAAGUGCGGUGACUCUGGCCACAUCAGCCGUGACUGCCCCAGCAGCUAA